AUGACGCUCCGCAUGAGCUGUGGGCGGAGGAGGCGGGAGGGCUGCACAAGAUAUGAGAUGGAAAGCCCAAUAGAGAUCAUGCCGCUGUGGAGGCAUUACUUCCAGAACACACAGGGUCUCGUCUUCGUUGUGGAUAGCAACGAUAGGGAUCGUGUUGUUGAAGCCAGGGAUGAGCUCCACCGAAUGCUGAAUGAGGAUGAAUUACGUGAUGCUGUGUUGCUUGUGUUUGCUAACAAGCAAGAUCUUCCGAAUGCUAUGAACGCUGCUGAGAUUAUUGAUAAGCUUGGACUUCACUCACUUCGCCAGCAUCACUGGUAA